AUGGAGAAUCUGGUUUGGCUUUCUACUAAUGGCAAAAAGGCAAUGGAAGAAGAGCUUUUAAAAGGACAUAACAUGGCAAAUAAACUACUUGCUUUUGUUGAUAAGUCAAAUAUUAUUAAGGAAGUCAAUGGGUCAAACUCAAAAUCAUUAUCAACCUUAAUAGUCGGAGAUCUUGUGCGACAAAUUCUCAAAUCAUUGUCAAAUACUCUUAUGCUUUUGAACAACAAUCAAUACUCCAAUCAUGUUCCUCUAACUGGUAGAGAUAUUUCAGAUGGAGCUUACAAGAAACUCAAGACCCUCAACACCAAACAACAAAAAGGGUCGAACAAGAGAAAGUCAAUUUCAGCAAAUGGGGAAAAGACUAGCUCAAUAUUGAUUGAUGAUGGUUAUACAUGGAGAAAGUACGGACAAAAAAAGAUAACAAAAGCCAAAUACUACAGGAGCUACUAUAGGUGCACACACAGCGAUCAGCAUUGUGAAGCAAUGAAACAUGUUCAAAGAACUCAAGAGAAUCCUCCAUUGUACACUACUACAUAUUAUGGUUAUCACACUUGCAAAAGCUCUUUCCAUUCCGACAUAAAUUUGGAACCAGUUAUAUCUUCUGUUGACUCUUCUGUAUUGCUUAGUUUUGAUAACAACAUUCUAAUUAAACAAGAAUACCAGCUUCCACCACCAUUGCCAUUGCUAUCGCCACCACUUUUUGCUUCAAUAAAAGAGGACCCCAUGGAAGAGAUUCAUGAUGAUUAUUUUGAUCAAAAUCAAUUGUUCUUACCAGAGAACAUCCUGCCAUGUAACUUUGAAGUUUAUUUCGAUUAUUUGAAACAUACCACUAUGCUAUUAACGACUGAAUCAUUUGAAUUUGAGAAUGUUUAUGAUCAGUUUGCAUUUUGA